AGGUUUUAGUGACUCUUUCUGGAUUAUAUGAUAAUCUACCCACAUAUCAAGAGGCAGUUCACUCAGCACAAAAUGCUUCUCAAACUCAAUCAGAAGCUCUUCGAAUUCAAGAACAAAAAAAUGUUAAUUACCUUCGAGAAAGACUUACAGAUAAAUUUUCAGUCUAUGAAAAAAGAAGUAAACCUU